UCCUAGAUCAUUAAAAAGGGCCACCUAUCAUUUAUCUACGUACCAAACCCAAUAGUGCUAGACGUGAGGGGGGUGUAUUGAGAAAAACCCAAGUCCCACAUCGACUAGAGAUUAGGCAAUUAAAUAGUAUAUAAGUGGAAAAUAACCCUCACCUUACAAGCCGGUUUUGUAGGGUUGAGUUAAGCUUCAAUCCACUAUUCUAAUACCAUACCCAUUGUUUUAGCCAUCACGGUACUCCACUCGUGCACAUGAAUUACAUUAUUCAAUUUAUAGUAAAUGAUUCACAUUCUAAACAUCAUAAUCAUGGAAGUGGGAGAAAAAGUAUUAGUUUGAGUCUCCUCGUGGGAGACACUUCUCUUACAAUUUUGUGGCAAUGUUUAGAUCCAAAUCUUGAUUAGUUAGCACUCAUCGAUAUUAGUCAAUGAUGAGAUUCCUUUUGUCCCAACACCCUUAAUAUAUAUUAAGCAUAUGGCAUUGGCAACAAGGUAGAUCCAAAACCUGCAUUCUAAACUCAACAUCUAGGCUUCCCUUUCCCAAGGAAAAAAUGGCAUUGAACACAAAAUCCCAUUUCCAUGUACGUUCAAACAGCUUGCCCUCUAGACCACACCCUCUCAUCCUACAAUGCAAUGAGCACUUGGACAGGUUAAGGGCUUCCCAUGAAACCUCUUCUUCCUGUUCAUCGCUUAGCCAUAAGCUAGGAGGGUUGCAAGAUCUGCAUGUAUGUGUUGAAAAUUUGUUCCAGCUUCCCCUCACCCAAGAAGCACUUCACCACGAGUCUCAAGAAAAGUGGGUUGAUGAGCUUCUGAAUGGAUCCUUAAGGGUCUUAGAUGUGUGCACUGCCACCAAAGACUCUCUACUGCAUACAAAAGAGUGCAUGCGUGAUCUUCAAUCAAUUAUGAGAAGGAGAAAGGGGGGUGAAGUGGCAGAGAUUAAGAAGUUCUUGACUUCAAGGAAGGUGGUGAAAAAGGCCAUCUCGAAAGCCUUGGAAAAUUUGAAGGCUACUUCAAAACAUGGCAACAUCUCAUCCACAAACAAAGGCAAUCAAACAGUGGCUUUGAUUAGUUUAUUAGAGAAUGUGGAAGUGGUCACUCUUUCAACAUUUCAGGCAUUAAUGCAAUUCAUCUCAGGGACUACUCAAUCAAAAUCAAGCAGUUGGGUUUUGGUUUCCAAGCUAAUGCAGACCAAGAAAGUCGGUUGCUCACAAUUGGCAGAUCAUGAAAGUGAAUUUGCCCAACUUGACGAAGCAUUGCAAUCCUGCAUGUUUUCCCAGACAAGCAAAAUUGAAAACAUGAAUAAGCUUCAAAACCAAUUGGAGAAAAUAGAGUCUCUUACUCAAGAUCUUGAAGAAGGGCUUGAGUUUCUGUUUAGGCAUUUGAUAAAGACUAGAGUUGCCCUUCUUAACAUCCUCAAUCACUAGUUAAGGUUAU